AUGACUUCAGAGUCCAGUGAAGGCGAUCCCGGUCGGUCGAUGGUAACUGUAUGGUACGACGGCUACACGUUUUCUGCCCCCUUGGUUGUAAGGCCUGGCAGAGUCAGCUUGUCGAUCCAAAAGCAAUACCUCACAAAGAAAAGUGGAUAUUUCAAGGCGAUGCUCGAGAAUGGCAGUUCGUUCAAGGAAGCAAACUCUGGCGUUAUCGAAUUACACGAAGAUGGUCGCAGAGCUAUCGAUACCAUGAUGAAUGCAAUGGCAACGGGUGACGCACACAGCUAUCUGCGGUACCUGUCGCCGUUAUCACCAGACCUGGCUCGGCAAUCCUACCUAGUUGCUGACAAGUACGAUAUGCCUUCGCUCCAAGCGCUGAUUGCCAUCGAGCUACUGCCUCAAAGUCUCACUUUGAGCUGGGAUAGCUCUGUACCCAAGAUCACAGCAUCUCAAUUCAAGACCAAUUACUACGACUUCUUCAACGACCACUUCUCCGCAGUCGCUGGCUACCCAGAGGACCUAUGGCCACUGUACACCGAAGCAGUCGUGUAUUACCAAGGUGCAGAGCCGGAUUUCGAUCUGUUGUCUCACCUCACCAGCGACAAACCGGAGAUGGCGUGCUUCAUAGCCAAGCAGCUCAGCAAGAAGUUGGCGGCUGCGGAGGAUACUGUCAAAGACCUCAGCAAGAAGCACUUCGCCGUCAGUACACUCGAGAAGAACUUCUACCUGAGGACACCCGCGGCAAAGCAAUAG